AUGGAUGAUCUACUCCGAUUUUUCGGUCCCCGCUGGGACCAUCCCACCUGGCUGCAGGAGAUCGUCUUCGCCAUUGCACCAGCCAGCCUCUUCCUGAUCGCAUCAGGGGUUCGAAUCGCUCUUUUGAAGGGUCGAUCGGUCAAGGUCAGCCCGACCCACCGAUCCCCCGUCAGGGUGGCCCUCCUGGCCCUCCUGGUGGUCCUACGACUUGCCAUUCUGGUACUUGCGGCCAUCGAUUCGGCGGCGAAGGCCUCUGUGCUCGCGGCAGCCUUCGACUUCCUGGCCGCCAAUGCCCUCCUGGCCCUAUCCAGCUACGAACACACCCGGUCGGUCGCCCCGUCUGCUAUCAUUGCCCUCUACCUCGUGGUGACCACUCCCCUCGAUCUGUUUCGCGCUCAGAUGCCCCUUUUUCGGGACACCCCAGCAGAAGUCAUCGCGACCGUUGGUCUCGUGGCGGUGGCUCUCAAGGUCGGCCUCAUCUUCUCGGAGGCCUCGUCCAAACGGCACCUUCUGCUCGCAGAAUACCGCCAUCUGUCCCCCGAGGCCACCAGUGGUCCAUACAGCAGAGCUACACUCUGGUGGAUCAAUCCACUUCUCGGGAGAGGCUACUCGAACGACCUGGGGAGCUGGCUCCGCCACGACGAGCCCCACGCGUAUAGCCUCCUGCAGGUCGUCUUCUCCGUUCUGAGAUGGCGUUUCGUCGCGGCGGGUCUCCCCCAGGUCCUCCUCGUCGGAUUCAAGUUCGUGCAACCGGUCCUGAUCCGACAGACCAUCGACUAUGUCACCGACCAGGAUACGGACUUUGGGACGCGGGGAUCUCGCCUGGUCGCCGCGUAUGCCCUCGUGUAUGCCGGACUGGCCCUCCUCGGGGCAUCCUCGGGGUAUCGCAUGACCCGCUUCAUCGUCAGUCUGCGCGGGGGCCUGGUGUCCCUGAUCUAUCGGAAGACCCUCGCCUUGAGCAGCACCGCCGGGCAGGAGAGGGCCGCCCUGACCCUGAUGUCGACCGACGUCGAGCGCAUCACCGUCGCGUUUCGCUCCCUGCACACUGCCUGGACCGCCGUCAUCGAGGUCUCCGUCGCCCUCUAUCUGCUGUACACCCAACUCGGCGCCGGCUUCAUCGCCCCGGGCGUCUGCUUCGCGUGCGCCGUCGCCGCCAUGACGGUGUGCACCCGGCUCUUCCCCCGGUUCCAGACCGUCUGGGUGGAGGCCAUCGGGGCGCGCAUCGCCUCCACCGCGGCGAUGCUGGGCGCCAUCCGCAGCAUCCGCCUGCUGGGACUGUCCGACGUCGUGGGCGAUCUGACCCACGGCCUGCGCGUGCGCGAGAAUGUCGUCGCCCGCAAGAUCCGAUCGCUCAUCGUCUUCCAGGUCGUCUUCCAGAAUAUCACCAGCAUCGCCGCCCCCCUCGCGACCUUGGCCGUCUACAUCAUCCACGCCACCGCGGGGGCCACGCGCCUGCGGGUGUCGACGGCCUUCUCGAUCCUCUCCAUCCUGCAGCUCCUCGAACCGCCGUUGAUGCUGUUGUUCCAGGAGCUGCCAGGCCUAGCGGCAUCUCUGGCGUGCUUUACGCGCAUCCAAACCUUCCUCCUCACCCCCUCGCGUGAGGAUCGUCGGGCUCUGCGGGUGCCCGAAGAAGGGCAGUCCUCCGACAUCCUGACCCUGCAGGACUGCUCGUUCGGGUGGACCGUCGACGAGCCUGUCCUGCGCAACGUGAACCUGUCCGUCCCACGCGGGUCGGUGGUGAUGGUCAUCGGGCCCACGGGCGGUGGCAAGAGCACGCUGCUCAAGGGCAUCCUGGGCGAGACUCCAUACGCCACCGGAUCCGUCACCCUGUCGACCCCGUCGAUGGGCUUCGCCGACCAAGAGCCGUGGAUGCUCAAUACGACCAUCAGAGCUGGGAUCUGCGGCGAGUCCCCUGCCGAUGAAGCGCUCUACCAGGCCGUCAUCGACGCCUGUGGCCUGCGCGAGGACUUGGACAGCUUGCCCAGGCGCGACCAGACGGUGGUGGGAUCCAAGGGUAUCGCGCUCAGCGGCGGCCAGAAGCUGCGACUCGCCCUCGCGAGGGCGGUCUUUGCCCGGAAAGAACUGCUGCUCCUGGACGAUGUGUUCAGUGGGCUCGAUGCCGACACUGAGGAGCAGAUCUUCCGCGCCCUCUUCAGUCAAGCGGGCCCCUGGCGACGUCAGGGCACCAGCGUUGUGCUCGUCACCCAUGCCGUGGCGCGCCUGGCCUAUGCCGAUUGGAUCGUGGUGCUGUCGGAGGAUGGACGCAUUUCCGAGCAGGGAACAUAUGAAAGCCUCCGGGCAAACACUGGCUAUGUUUCCGGUCUGGCAGUCAACUUCAAAGACACAGUGGGCAGUGACGAUCUUCCCACCCCGGGAGACGAAGCCACCAAACAGUCCACUACCGAGGUCACCGAGAUCGAGGAGGAUCCCAAGAAGUCUGCCAUCAAACAGGGAGGGGACUGGCACACCUUUCAGCACUAUUUCUCCACGGCCGGCUGGGGUCCCAUGGGGCUGGCUGCUCUAUGGAGUCUCGUGUAUGUCACAUCCAUCAAGGCCCCCGGGCUGCUGAUAGAAUACUUCACGGACCCGGACGGGACCACCAUCUCCUCGAACACCCGAUUCAUCAUCGCCCUGAGCAUCACCAGUGUCGUCUCAUUGAUCUCCCUCAUGGCGCUCGUCUGGGGAUUGUUCCUGGACAUCAUCCCCCGGGUAUCGAACGGGAUGCACCGCCAGCUUCUCGACACGGUCCUGCGAGCCCCCCUGGCCUUCUUCACCGUCACGGACUCGGGGACCACCCUGAACCGGUUCAGCGAGGACCUCACGGUGAUCGACAACGAGUUGCCAGGCGUGCUGAUCGGGACAAUGCUGCAACUCGCCCUGUUUUUCAUCGGGGGUGCCAUCAUGGCCGCGACCAGCUCGUACCUGAUCACCACCAUCCCCUUCGUCAUCGCGGCCCUCAUCGCUGUCCAGCGGUUCUAUCUCCAGACCUCCCGCCAGAUCCGCCAGCUCAACCUCGCCUACAAAGCCCCUCUGUACACCCACUUCCAGGAAACCCUGUCCGGGCUGGUCAGCGUCCGAGCCUUUGGGUGGGAGGAGCCGUUCGGUGCGCGGAACGCAUCUCUGCUGGACCAGAGCCAGCGGCCCCUGUAUCUUCUGCGCUGCAUCCAGACCUGGUUGGGGCUGGUGCUCAAUCUCCUUGUGGCCGCCCUGGGCACGAUCCUGAUGAUGACGAUCGCGGACCUGCCCGACCUCGUGGACCCGGCCCUCGUCGGGCUGGGCUUGCUGAACGUCAUGAGCUUCAACGAGAACCUGUCCGAGCUGAUCCAGGUCUGGAGCUUGACUGAAACCUCCAUCGGGGCCAUCGCCCGCGUGCGAGACUUCGUCGCCCACACCGACAGCGAAAACAAGCCCCGAGAAGUCGUCGAGCCAUCGACCGACUGGCCCGCCGAGGGUGCCGUCGAGAUCAGCCAUGUAACGGCAAGCUAUAGCGGGUCCUCCGACCCCGUGCUGCAAGACAUCACGCUCAACAUUCGCCCUGGGGAGAAGAUCGGCAUCUGCGGCCGCUCGGGCAGUGGCAAAUCGUCCCUUCUGGCCUCGUUGUUCCACCUGUUGGAAUACCGGGGCGGUUCGAUCACAAUCGAUGGCCAGGACCUGGCCCAGGUCCCACGCAACGUGCUCCGACAGCGACUCAACGCCAUCUCCCAGGAGACCUACUGGGUGUCCACCGAGACCGUGCGGUUCAAUCUCGAUCCGUGGGGCGCGACCACGCAGGACGACGCGGCCCUGAUCGAGGCGUUGCGGAAAUGCCAGAUCUGGCCCGUCAUCGAAGAAAAGGGCGGCCUGAAUAUGCGGAUGGAUGCCGAGUUCCUGAGCCACGGCCAACGGCAGCUGUUCUGUCUGGCCCGGAGUCUGCUGCGAAAGAGCCGGAUUGUGGUCCUGGACGAGGUGUCCGCGAGUGUCGACGUCAAAACGGACGAGCUGCUACAGGCCGUAAUCCGCGAGGAGUUCCACGGCUGCACCAUCAUUGCGGUGGCCCAUCGCCUCAACACCAUCGUCGACUUCGACCGGGUGGUGGUGCUUCAUGGCGGACAGGUGGUGGAGUCGGGGGCUCCGCAGGACUUGUUGGCCCAAGAUGGGAGUCGGUUCAAGGAGCUCUAUGAGAUGUGA